AGUGACGAUUGUAACCACGAGCGUGACGAACGGCUUGUUCGAAAAUACAACAAGGAAGUGGACGUUCAUUGUUAAAGAAAAUAAUCACCGGGUAGAACAUCUCUCGGGAUUAGGGGGUCUCUUCGCUCGUGUUUUUGGGUGUCGGUGGGGUAAAGUCACCGUGGACUUGCCCGCGAGCCCGUUUGUGAUCGUCUCGAGGGAUUCUGCUUUUAGCCUGCUAGCUAGCGAUGAACACGGACGUGGAGUUUCACAUCAGGCAGAAUUAUCCGUGGAAUAAGCUCCCAGCUAAUGUCAAGCAGAGUUUGGGGAACUCUCAGCGUGAAUAUGAGAAGCAUGUGCUGCUCUACAGCAUCCGUAACCAGCUGCGAUUCCGCAAUAACCUAGUGCGCCACGUGAGGAAGGAUGAGCGCAAGUACUACGAGGAGCUCCUGAAAUACAGCCGGGAGCACUUGAUGCUUUACCCCUACCACCUGUCUGACAUCAUGGUCAAAGGGCUGCGCGUCACGCCGUUCUCAUAUUACAUCGGAAUCAUGGAGGAUAUUAUGAACAGCGAGAAGAGUUACGACUCCCUCCCCAACUUCACUGCUGCCGACUGUCUGCGGCUUCUCGGCAUCGGUAGAAACCAGUACAUCGAUCUGAUGAACCAGUGCAGGUCUUCCAAAAAAUUCUUUCGCAGGAAGUCAGCGCGGGACCUGCUACCAGCGAAACCCGUGGAAAUCUCUGUGGAGCCGUGGUGGAUGGCUCAGACAGGCUACAUCACUGAGGAUGAUAUCAGGAUCUGUUCUCAAGCAGAGAAGAAAGCUAUCGAUAAGAUGAUUGACUCUGGGCCUCAGCUGGCUGGAUCAAUGGAGUACAAUGUGGUCUUAAGCUUGUACAACCGAGGCUUCAUCUACUUGGAUGUUCCCAUAUCUGAUGACAGCUGCAUCUCAGUGCCCCCUCUCGAGGGCUUCGUCAUGAACCGUGUGCAGGGCGAUUACUUUGAAACACUUCUCUACAAAAUCUUCGUCUCAAUCGAUGAACAGACAAACGUUGCUGAGCUUGCGAACGUGCUGGAGAUUGACUUGGACUUAGUAAAGAAUGCAGUUUCUAUGUACUGUCGCCUCGGCUUCGCUGUUAAGAAAGGUCAGGUGAUUGGCUCAGAGCAGCUCCACCCCACCUGGAAGAAUGCUCCGUCUCUCAACAGGCUCAAGAGCACCAUGGACCCUCAGAAGAUGCUGCUGUCCUGGGAGCAGGGCAGUCCUGUCAUGGAAGGAGGCUCCUCAGCCACGGACACAGAUACCACCAGUCUAGAAGAUCAAGCAGACACAGGCAGCGUAAGCAGUCUGAGCAUCCCAGCUGCACCCACAAAAAGGAUUGCCUUCCUUUUUGACUCCACCCUGACAGCCUUCCUCAUGAUGGGCAACCUGUCUCCGAACCUGAAGAGUCAUGCGGUGACCAUGUUUGAGGUGGGUAAGCUGUCUGAUGAGACACUGGACAGCUUCCUGGCUGAGUUAGAGAAGGUGGAGAGCACAGCAGAGGGUGAGGCCCAGCGUUACUUUGACCACGCUUUGACCCUGAAAAACACCAUCCUCUUCCUGCGCUACAACAAAGAACUCACUCAGGACCAGGGACCUGAUAUCCCAAAUAUAGGUUUCCCCUUAGACAUGUUGCGCUGUGAGAGCCUGCUGGGUUUGGACCAGGCCACCUGCAGCCGUGUCCUCAACAAGAACUACAAGCUGCUGGUCUCAAUGGCGCCGCUCAGCAACGAGAUCAGACCCAUCAGCAGCUGCACGCCUCAGCACAUCGGCCCAGCCAUCCCAGAGGUGAGCUCCAUCUGGUUCAAGAUGUAUCUGUACCAUGUGACCGGCCAAGGCCCCCCCUCUCUGCUGCUCUCCAAAGGCUCCCGGCUCCGCAAACUGCCGGACAUAUUCCAGGUCUACGACAGGUUGUUAAUCACGUCCUGGGGUCACGACCCCGGAGUUGUCCCGACAUCCAACGUGCUAACUAUGCUCAAUGACGCCCUUACACACUCUGCUGUGCUCAUCCAGGGUCAUGGUAUGCACGGCCAUGGAGAAAUGGUGCACAUCCCGUUCCCCUUUGAUGAGGAGGAUUUAAAAGGAGAGUUCUCUUACUCAAACAUGUGUACGCACAAGUCCCUUCUGUCGCUGAAGGAGCAAGUGGACCUGAAGCACCAGUGCGGUUACAUCACCAUGCUCAACUCAAACAACAGGCACCGUCGCCGGGCUAGCGACACUGUUGAGUGCAGAGGGGACACACAUCUAGGUGGAGGCCUGGACACCAAUGGCAGCACUGAGUCGUUUGAACUUGUAACAGAAGAAAACAACGGUGAAACCAAAACAAAGACCGAUGUUCUUUCAUCUGAAGAUGAGUGGGUCCCUCUUGAACUGUGCUUUGGCAUGCCCCUCUUCAGCUCCGAGCUCAACCGCAAAGUGUGUCGAAAAAUCGCCUCACAUAAAUUGUUCAGCACCGAAAGCCUUCAAGAGCUGCUGCACUCGAGCCGAAGACUUUCGCUGAAGGUGCUGAGCUUCGUUCAGUCAUUCCAGGAUGGCAACCAGACCUCUGACCUGGACAGCGGUGUGUCGAACCCUCUAAGUCAGCCCCCGGCGGAGUCUGGCGUCCCCCUGCCUGCCCUCAAUCUCCUCUUCAAGGACGGGCAGCUGAAGGAGUGGAGUGGGCGGGCCCCUCCUCCUCUGGACAUCUCCGCUCUGCAGAAGGACCAACCCACAUAAACAACUCCCCCACACACACACUAAAAAAAACACAGAUUCAGUCAUGAGGAAAGGUCCAACACUGCAUCUUCAUAUCUGCUCACAAGGAAACACGUUCAUUUAGGACUCUCACUCUUGUCAGUCAGCAUCAAGUCAUGGGAAAGUCCUCGCCAGCACUUUUUCAUCACUGUCUGAGGAAUCAUCAUCCCUCUGACACUAGUUUGACCCCCUUCGCUUUCCCUUUCUGUGAUUCCUUGUAUUGGUAGCAAGGCAGUGUUAUCUGUUGGAGUGGUGCUAUCAUCACAGUAUAUAACAGUGAUGCAGGUAAUCAACAUACGACCUGGAAGAGCGUUUAAAGUGGAAGCACAAGCGCUGUUCCUCACUGAAAAGCCCCCCCAACCCAUCCUCACCCUUCAGUCAGUGGAUGUUUUGUGAUCAUUGAAUGGGAGUGUAAAGUGGUUGAUAUUGUAUAGUUGUUCUAAAAAAAGACCUUAAAAAAAACAACAAAGUGUCGAACAAACUUCUUCAGGAAUCAUUUGAAGAUAUGCAUAUUCUAGGACCAAGUCUUGAAACUGGAGUCUCAAUGCAGACCCCCACACCCCUUGUGUUGUCUUAUGUUUAGUGAUCUGAUGAUGCAUGAUAAUGUUGCACAACACGCACCGUAGAAAAAUACUUUCCUCUUUACUUGUAAUCAAUACUGGGGGCAUUUAUUAUUUGCACUGCACAGGAUGUCUUCAAACCUGUGGAUGAAGUAAUUUCAUGUUUUUUGUUGUUUGUUUUUUUUUGGGUCGGUUGGAUCUGUUGUAGUACGCACAUUAUUUCAGAGCUGGUGUUUGCUAACAAAAAGUGUUUCCUGUUGGGAACUUAGACAUGGAGGAAAAACUGGGUAUCAAAGUAACUACUGUUUUUUAUUUUUAUGUUUUUUUCUCUGAGUCAAAGAACACCAAAGACCAUUUUCUUUUUAUGUAUGACUUUUAAAAAAAAAUCUUUGAAUGUGUUUUACUUUAAUUUUGUUGCCUUAUAACUCUCAGCCAAUCAUAAACUGACAUGGGUGUGAUCAAAGCUCUUAUUUAGGUUUGUUGAUUUUCUUUUUGCCUCUUGUAGAUUUGUCAAAUGACUUAUGAGCAUUUCAUUGGGUGUAUAUAACCGGUUAAAGCAACAACAUUGGGUCGUGAAAUUCCAACAAUCUUCCCUUUUCAGGAUUUCAACAGGAUUAUUCAAGUGUAUCUAAUUGCAUAGAGUGGGAACAGUCAUGUCUGUGUGUAUGACCCGGGCCUGUUGCCACUGUCUGCUGCCAAGAUCUCCUUCCUGGAUCCACUCCAGAUUGUGCGGUGCACUCUCGGCCAGCUCACCACACUCUCUGAGGAUGUAUUUACACUGCGUAUUGAAAAAUGGAGGUUUGUAGUCUGGAGAGGAGACGGCAGCUUUAGUGGGAAGGCUGUCACAGACCUGCGGGAUGGAAAUGCUAACAUGUAACACAGCGCCUCAGAGUUGUGGUGUACACCAUGAAGUGUUUUUACAGUCUGUCAUGCAUUUUGAGAGGUUACUUUUUAUUGCUUUCAGACUGAUUACCAAUUCUGCUGAAUUUAUCUCUUAUUUUGAAUGAAUCUACCUUCUACGGUUUAUUGACCCACUUGUUGUUUCUAAAAUCAUGAAAUACACAAAAAGAGACUAUUAUGAGGUCCUGUUGAAGCAUGAUGUCUGUGUAGAAACUGUUGUGCGUAUGUUGUGUAUGAGUGUGUAUUGUACACCUCACUCUUUGGUGUGUUUUCAUACACGCCCACCUUCACAAUAAGAGUUCCCUAAAUCCUGCCUGUCUGUUAACUAGUUGCAGUACUUGGUCAUCCCAGACAUUCCCCAUCCUCCCCCAGGUACACAUCCAUCACAGUGUUUAAAAAAAAAAUGCUAGUUUUAUAUGUCAGCAUAUAUUUUAGAAAAUCUCUGUUGUAGCUUGUUUAAUGGGACUGUGAAUAUCAUUGACUGAGUUAAAAACAACGUAAUUAAGUGGGUGAAAAAAAAAGACGAAAGUGACAUUCCUGCAACAUGCCCUUCCUCUAUCUUUACUCCACUCCCUGACUCCAGAUACACAUAUUAUUAUUACAAUGAAAUAUGUAAAAAGUAUAUGAAAGUAUAAAUAAAUAUGUAAUAACUUUUUCCUCCCUAAAA